AUGUUUGGAAGUGCAUCUUCAGGAUUUGGAGGGUUUGGAAGCAAUACGGCCAAUACCAACUCCCCAUUUGGUGGUGGUGCCAACACAACAGCACCAGCCACAAAUACAAACGCAUCACCAUUUGGAACAAACAAUGCCAACACUGGAGCAGGUGGUGGUGGAUUAUUUGGCAGUACAUCAUCUAACCCAACUUCAAGCUUUGGAUCCAGCAAUGUCUUUGGAUCUGGUAAUACUACAGGUACGCUGGCAUUUGGAAGCAAUACCGCGGGUGGAGCAGUACCAGGUGGUGGUGGUGGAUUAUUUGGCUCGAAUCCAGCCAAUAAUACUACUGCUUCUGCAUCGCCAUUUGGACAGCCACAACAAUCGACAUCAUCAGUCUUUGGUAGUGGUACUCAAGGAACAUCUGCAUUUGGCUCUGCCAAUACAGGCACUGGUGGAGGAUUAUUUGGAAGCAAACCAGCGACUACAUCGACUUUUGGAUUUGGUUCACCGGCAGCUAAUAACGCGACAACAUCUCCGUUUGGUGCAUCGACAACCACAUCAAAUGCGUUUGGAGGAGCCCAAGGUGAUCCCAAUGUCAAUAACGGUACUGCCGUGAAGCCGUUUGCACCCCAUAGUGAAAAGGAUUCAGCAAAUAUAAACAACGUGUUUCAAAAUGUAUGUUGUAUGCCAGAAUACAAAAACUUUUCAUUUGAAGAGUUGCGAUUGAAGGAUUAUGAACAAGGCAGAAGGUUCCCACAGAACCAAGGUGCUGCUGGUGGAGGAGCCUUUGGAAGUACAGCCAACACCGGCACUGGAUUUGGGUUUGGUGGUGCUGCACAACAACAACAGCAGCAACAACAACAGCCUUCUACAGGAGGAGGACUCUUCGGCGGACAAUCCAAUCCAUCACCAUUUGGCAACACAGGUAACGCCUCCUCUGCAUUUGGCUCUAGUUUUAACAAGCCCACAGCAUCACCCUUUGGUUCAUCGGGUGCAUUUGGAUCUACGCAACAACAAGCAUCUCCAUUUGGAACUAGCAACACUAGCAAUGCUUUUGGAGCAAAUAAACCAGCAACUGGAUUUGGAAGUGGAGCUGGAACUACCACAGGUGGCGGAUUAUUUGGUGGAGGUGGUGGUGCAAGUAAUGCAUUUGGUCAAAAGCCAGCUACUGGGUUUGGUAGUGGUAAUACUUCCGCAUUUGGGUCUUCUGGUGGUGGGUUUGGUAACACUGGAAGCUCGCCAUUUGGACAAGCUAACAACAACCAACAGCAACAACAACAAGGUGGUGGAUUAUUUGGUGGGUCAAACACAGGUAAUGCAUUUGGUAGUGCAUCAGGUGGUUUUGGGCAGUCCAAUACAGGUAAUGCAUUUGGGUCAAAUACAGGUGCGUCUGGUGGUGGAUUGUUUGGAGGACAGCAAUCUCUGGGCUUUGGUGCUAAGCCAAGUACCGGAUUCGGCUCUACCAAUACUGGUGGAGGAUUGUUUGGUCAACAGGGUAAUCAACAACAGCAACCACAGCAACAAGGAGGAGGGUUGUUUGGUGGUGGAGCACAGCAAAAUCAGCAACAACAGGGUGGCGGAUUGUUUGGUGCAAAGCCUGCAGGAUCUACAUCGAUGUUUGGCCAAGGUGCCGGUGCCGGAGGCGCAGCAACUGGAGGUGGAUUAUUCGGAAGUCAACCGAACAACACUGGAGCAACAGGUGGAGGUUUAUUCGGAGCCAAACCAGCGACGGGAGGUGGGUUGUUUGGUGGUAACACUGGAACCACUGGAGCCACUGGAACCACUGGAGGUGGAUUAUUUGGCCAACAAAAUAGUCAACAACAACCACAGCAACAACAAAGUGGAGGGUUGUUUGGAUCGAAACCUGCAGGAGCAACUGGGGGUGGUGGACUCUUUGGAAACAACCAACAAGGUGGUACCACGUCAGGUGGAUUAUUCGGCGGUGGCGCACAACAGAACCAGCAACAACAACAGCCACAACAAGGUGGAGGAUUGUUUGGUGGGUCAAACACUGGAGGCGGAUUAUUUGGCUCUAAACCUGCUGGUACAGCCCCAUCUGGUGGGAGUCUUUUUGGCAACAAUCAGCAAGGUGGUAACACAUCGGGUGGCUUGUUUGGAGGUGGCGGCGCUGGUAGUGCAACUGGUGGUGGCUUAUUCGGAUCUAACCAAGGUACUACUGGUGGUGGUGCUGGUGGAUUUGGAUCUGGUGGUGGACUCUUUGGUGCUUCCAACCAACAACAACCGCAGCAACAGCAGCAGCAGCAACAACAACAACCAGGUCAGCCGCUGUUUUUACAAAAAACUCAACAACAACAAACGCAACCAUUGGCCAAUAUCAAUUCCCAAGACCCGUAUGGACAUAACCCAUUAUUUCAAUCAAUUUCAGGCACUAAUCAACAGCAACUACAACAACAGAAUCAAGAUUAUGGUACUAAUCAAAAGCCACGAGCUACUAUACUUAGACGAUCAUUUGCUGUGCCUCUGCAAAAUAAAAAGGUGGUGACAUUGGGCAAUACAGCACAAAGGAUCACUCCACUUUUCAAAGUUAGUGUAUUGCCAUCGACAGUGAAGCCAGUUGAAAAGGCGCAAGAUGAACUUUUCAAACAGAAAACUGAUCACUUGUUUUCUCCAGUUACUGAUCUGGCUAUUAUUACGUCAGAUAUAUUCCGCCCCAAUAACAAUUUUAAGAAAUUAGUUGUUGAAAAGAGUAAUGGCAAGUAUAAUUUGACAAUCAAUGAUCGAGGAGAUGAUGAUGCUACCAAUACAAAACAAGUUUCCUUUGCUUUGGAGAGUGACAAGAAGAAAGUUAAUGGUGAUGGUGAUGAGGUAAAGAAAAGUGAAAUCACUGCUGAAGCAAAGAAGAAGGAGAAUGGUGAGACCUCAGUUGAAACCAAGAAUGAUAAGGUUGUUAUUAAUGGUAACAACAAGGCGGAAUUGAAAGCAGAUGAAAAUCAGAAGCAAUACGAGGAAGACGUUAAUGAAGAAGGAUACUGGACAUCGCCAUCAAUAUCUGAGUUGAAAACAAAGACCUUAUCAGAACUUAAAUCAAUCCCCAAUUUCAAAAUUGGCCGUAAAGGUUAUGGAUUCUUGCAAUACCUUGAACCAAUUGAUUUAUCAACCAUGUUGAAUUUGGAUGAUAUUUUCCAAUUUGUUGAAUUUGAUAAUAAAUCAUGUAUAGUUUACCCCGAUGAUGAUUUGAAGCCUCGCAAAGGUGAAGGAUUGAAUUUACCAGCCAAAAUUACAUUACACAAUUGUUGGCCAUUGAAUAAGCAAGAUCGGUUGCCUAUAGUGGACCCACAUUCUGAUGCUGUUAAAUUGCAUAUUGAGAAUUUGCAGAAGUUGCCUGGAAUGAAGUAUGAAAAGUAUGAUCCUGUUAGUGGUGAUUGGUCAUUUACUGUUGAUGAGAUGUAA